GAGGUCAGAUUAGCAUUGCCCUCCUACAGGAAAGCCAUAGACAUGCUCGCCAUGCUGGGCCCGCUCUGUUGUCUCCUGUUCUGCUGCCCAGUGCUUGACUCGAUACCAACCCGGGUCCGUCACCCGCUUCCUGUACUGUGGAUGAGGCCCGCGGAUCACAGGGGCGUGGUCAACAUGACGGUGCAACUGGCCUUGCAGGAACUGAGCAAGCAAGCUCCACCUCUGGGAAACUAUGACAUCCAACUUGACGUGGUGGACUUGCAGUGUGACGUGUCAGCUGCUCUCAAAGCAUUGUUUGAUGCCAUGUGGACGGGGCCUAAGUAUCGCCUGCUUUUUGGCGGGGCGUGUCCUUCCGUGACGCCGCUGGUGGCUCGUGCGCUGCCAGCGUUCAGGAUGGUUCAGGUGUCAUUUGCAGCCCCCAGUCUGUCCAACAGGAAGUGGUGUGGGAACACCUUCAGCACAGUGCCAUCAGGUCGGGCUGUCAGUCAGGCUGCCGUCAAACUCCUGCAGCGCUACAGGUGGACACGUGUUGGCGUCAUUGCGCAGGAGGGGUCCGAGGAGAUAGCAGAGGAUCUGAGCAGACAGCUGAUGAAGGCCGGCCUUGAGCUCGUUUCCAUGACGACACUCCGCAGUGACGCCUGCAGUGGUCUGAUGGACAUGAUGGAACAUGAUGUGCGGAUCUUCAUCAUCCUCACACACUCUGAUGAAGAUUCUGUCUCUCAGGUUUUCUGCUGUGCCUCCAGAUUGAAGCUGUUUGCUUCAGGACAUCAGUGGAUCGUUGCAGGAGGAGAAAAGCCAGGAUGGAAGUCCUCGUCUCAGGUUUCUAACUGCACAGCUGAUGACGUGCUGGCGGUGGCGGACGGUGCCAUCUGGCUGCAGGUCACACGUGUUGGCAUCACCAACAUGCCAGGAGUUUCUGGAAGGAUGCCUCAGCACUACCAGGACGUCUCCAAGCAACAGGUUCUCCAGCACAGGGCAAAGGUCAGCCUGCUCAACGCCUUCGCCUAUGACGCCGUGUGGGUGGCAGCCAUUGCUCUGUGCGAGGUGAUGGAGGCGGUGAAGCGGCGAGCGAAAUACAACCAAAACAUCAGCGUCAGCGAGGAGGAGGUGACGAGGGAGCUGUUGGAUGCCAUGAAGCGAACGCACUUUGAUGGCAUGACGGGUCCAAUUGCCUUCCAAGAUGGUGAACGAAUGACGUCUAUCCAGCUCAUCCAGUCUCAAGGUGAUAAUCUAGUGGUGGUGGGGCAGUUCGUCAGCCACACACAACAACUCCGACUGGCUAAGCACCUGAUCAAGUUCAAAGACCAGACUCAGGUGCGCGUCAGCAAGGUAGUGUCAGCGGUCGCCACUCUAAUUGCCGCAGUUUCUCUGCUCGUCCUCUGCGUCAUCGCCAUCAAGUUCUGCACAUGGUACGACCUUGACGCCAACACGGCCGCUUCCCAGGAUGCAAUGCUGCUGCUGGCCGUCCUUUUUUCCGCCGCCUCCGUCUUGGCCACCGGCCUCGAUGACGGCUCGCUGCCCCGACCGACGCUCCACCUUCUCUGUUCGGUUCGUUUGUGGGUUCUGUUGUUGGGUCAAACUCUGGGAUACUCUGCAGUCUUCAUUCAAACAUGGCAGUGUUUCUCGCGGCGAGCUCGUGUGCCGCCUCCAUGCUACAUGGCGCUGGUCUUAGCCCUGCUGGACGUGUUUGUUUUGACCACCUGGCAAAUGGUGGACCCUCUCAGGCGGGUGGUGACGCAGCACAGGCCUGAGAGUGACUCCGCCCACCGGGGUGUUGUCAUGUUGACACACACUGAUGGCUGCAGCAGCAUCAACAUGGAGUUGUGGACCACCAUCCUUUAUGCUUACAAAGCACCUCUACUGGGUCUGGGAUGUUUCGUGGCGUGGAACAUCAGAAGGCGCAGCACAAGCCUGGCACUCAGUAUGUUGGCGGUGGUGGCGUUCAGUGUAGCGGGAGCGUGCGCUUGGCCGCUCUUGUCCCACAAUCCUUCACUUCACUUCUGCGUGACCAGCACUCUCAUCCUUGCCUGUGACCUCCUCGUCCUCACUGCCAUGUUGGGAGUCAAGCUCAUCAACUCAACAUCCAACAUCAGCCAGCUGCAGAGUGGAGGGGGCGGGGCUACAGAGGGAGGAACUACAGGGGGCAGGACUGAAGAGAAGCUCAACCGACUGCUGAAACAUGAAAAAGCCGAGCUGGAUGCUCAAAUUGACACGCUUUGUGAGGCUUUGGAGGCGCAGCUUGGUCAGAGCGCCGCAGGAAGUGCCAGCGGUUUGCUGUUUGAAUCUUGCGUGUACAACCUGUCGUCACACUCUGGUGGUCCAGCGGCAGAGGUCAGGUCAGAGGCCAAGGAGGAUCCAACUGAUGUCAACGCUCCUGACCUCGUGCGGCGCCGAUUGUCCGUCCAGCUGCCCAUCCUCCAUCACUCCUACCUGCCUGUCAUUGGUGGCGUAAGUGCCAGCAGCUCCGCCCACUUUGGCAGGUGGGAAGCCUUCAUGUGCCAGGAUGCACGCUACACCACUUCCAGGACUCACAACUCAUCGCUGCAGCUCUGAACGGCUUCUUCGUCUUCGAGAAUCAAAAAACGUCAUUGAUUGGUGGCUAAUUGAUGACUAAUUAACACAACAAAGAGUAAUAAAAGACUCCUCCACUAGAGGACCAGCUGAUGAUGUCACUGAUUGGUUGGUACAUUAACAGUUACCAUGGAGACAUACUCGCUACUUGGCAGAAGUGAAAGUUAAGCCACUAUUAUGGAAUGGAGGCAGGGAUGCGUGAGGUUACGUCACUGCACGCUGAUCGAAAACAUUAUGUAAUAGACUCCGGCAGUGCACGUCAGCGUGGACAUGUUUGUACGACAGCUUCCACGUGCUCUGAUGUUGUGGUUGCCAUGAUAACAAGCGGUGCCGAGAAUGAGUUGUCCUCAUUAACAGAAAGUUCUUUGUAGUGCUGCCAAAGGAUGAGUGCGGGUGGGGGUGCACUGGGGGCUGAGUGUAGAGAAAUUCUGCCCAGGAACCACACGUCAGCACCGGUGGCCCGCAAAGACUGAAACGAGACCAGACCUAAAGACAAGAAUCAUUACCUUUUAUUACUGUGAUGUCAUCAUUGAUCUUGGUCUCCUUCCGCCAUGAGUCUCAUGACAACAUAUGUGACGUUUGAUCACUUCCUCUUCCAGCGUGCUUCUUCCUCUUUUGGCGGGAAUCUCCGAGGGCUCAGAGGGACUUUUCCCACAAGUCAAAGUGAAAGUGAUGACAUCAUGGUCAGGUGUGAUAGCUUUUCUUCGUCUUCUGUGCUCGCAGCAGCGGCGUCUGAGUGUCGGCGUGUCGCCAAGCGAGCGGCUGGCCCGCGUGCCACACACGUGUGCACGCCAGCAGAACGCAAUGGAGGAUGCCUUGAGACGGCGAUGUGAAGGCCUACCGCACAAACAUAUGUAACUUUUGACACAACUCUUCUGUGACAGUCAUGUGACAGUGAAGGUCACCCACCUGAGCGAUGUAGAGGAUCACCGCAGCCACGCACAUGUCCUCCGAUGACAUCAGCACACGCAUGAGCACCAAACAUGCCACUGAUGGAACAAGACCACAUGACCUUUUUUUAAACCUCCAGAUCACAUACAAAAAAGAGAAAGGCAAAAGACAUAAAAACUGACCGGGUCCCCAGCAGAGGGCGAAGACGAGCGGGUACGCAAGUAUCCGGAAGUCCAGCGAACGGAAGGAGGCCUGCUGCUGGCUGCCAAGGUAACCAUGUGACAUCACUACUCGCCGGUACACACGACGAGCCUUUCCCAUGAGCACCUGGUGCAGGACAAGCUGACAUGUUACCGAGGUAUGCGACCUGUUAGCGUGACAUGUUGGCGUGCACGACUCACCAUCAUGCUGACCAGCGUAAAGAGGAAUGUGGCGAGGAAGAUGGUGCCACAGUAGCCGCGCAGCACAAGACAGGCUCUGAUUGGCUGCCGAGCGGCAAUGGGAAGCAUCAGCGGGCAUCUGUGUGUGGGUGAGAGAACAUCAUGUCUGCAACACACCGCCGCCGCAAGUUGAUGGCAGACACGCCCCCUCACCUGUACGAGUUGCUACAGUUGGCGCCGCACUGAUUGACACUUCCUUGGAUGAACACUGGUGCCAUCAGGAGGACCGGAACCACGCUGGUAACACAAGCACAUCAUUCACCUUCAGCACACUUCCUGUGACAUGCUAAAGUGACAACCAGAUCACACUCACCCACAAAGCAACGGCAUCAAGUUGGCAGCCCAGAUCCCUUGCUUGGAAAACUGUGAAAAUCGCACGAUGAUGCAGACCUCUAUAGACAUAAAACAUCUAGAUACAUGUACUGUUCAUGUCAGUGGUACCUGUCCAGGGUGAUGAUGUGGGCCGCAGGAGAACCUGAGUCGUAGGCCAUUGUAGACACUCCACACAUAGUUGAGUGUGUAGAAGAAGGACGCCAUGCAUACAACCUAACACACACACGCGCACACAGUCACGUGUACAACAAUGGAAGCGCAACAAAACAUUUGGGUCAACAGACUGUGGGAACAUUCCGGGUUCUGACCUGCUGGGCUGUGUGCAGGUGGUACCAGCUGAGGCAGCGCAGAGACGCAAGUGUGCCCCCUAGCAGCCAGCAGAGGGCGAGCAGCAGGUCUGAAACACUGAGCAAAACCUGGGGCCGGCGCUGCAAGGUCAUGUCACAGUCGCUCAUCAGGUUCUGGACACAGUCAUGUGGUUUUCAUGGGCCCAGUGACUUACCUUUGAGGUUCCGCUUCGUCGUUCUGACAUCAUACAGGCAAUGAUGGAAGCGGAACCGAGUGCACUGUAAUGACCACUGUUAGAACCAAACAAUCACCAGACCCAAUUAAAAGUGCAGGUGCUCACCUGAGCAGAGCCAUAAGCAUCUUGACCCACUGGACCACUUCAAGGAGCUACACAGACAACACAUGAAUCAGGACCACAAGCGAACCUCAUUGUAUAAAAAUACUACAGAAUACUGACCUCAGUCCAGUCAUGUGGUCCAGUGAAGUUCUUGUAUGGGAUCAUGCGGUCCGUGUAGUAUUCCAUGUCGUGUUCUUGUUCAUGUGGCUCAGAGUGUGUGCUGCACUGCACAUUGAUACGCACUAUCCCCACCCACCAGAGGAGGCAGCUGUGCAGCGCCCUCCAGAGGACAAACAUGUCCACACAAGCAGAAUGAAGGACCAUGUUAACAAGUGUUGUUUAUCAAGUGUUGACUUUUUCUUCUUUAUUUUAUAGUGUGUUGCUGUUGUUGCCGUGGCAACAGUUGCUUUGACAUCAUCAUGCGGUCCCGUCACAAAGACCCCAACACUGGGUCCAUUAGCCGAGCUUAGCACUGUCCAAACCAGACGGGCUCAUCUGUGCGGCGUCCAGCUGAGGCGGCAAGGUUGCUGGCUCGUGCCGCUUCAUGUGCUUACGGAAGGCGCGGGCACUGCUCAGGUUCUUCAUGCAGGCGUGGCAGAAAUAGGGGCGGCUGGCGGCAUGCAUGUCUAUGUGGUAGCUGAGUUCCCGUGGGCGGCUGAAGCUCUUGUUACACACGGGACACUGGUGGCGGACUCCCGAGUGGGUCAGUUGAUGGCUCUUGAGCGAGCCUCGCUGCUUGAAGGUCUUGCCAC